UUCUCGUCUUGUAAGUUUUGUGAUUCAUUUUCUAUCAAAGGGUUUCUUACUUAAAAUUUGACAAGAGCUAAAAGGAUACAUUUAGCAGAAUAUUAAUUAGUGUUGUCCUUAAACAGUCGAUAAGUGCAGAGGUGAAAAAGAUUGAAGUAAAAAGGAGAAAAAGAAGAGUGCUUUGAAAAUGUCAUCGUUAUCAGCCUCCGCAGAGAAUGUGUCAAGCGGUGGUAGUGGCGCAGGUGGUGGUGAUUCCAAUUCGCAAGAUGGUAGCUCAAGUAUGUGCUUGGAAUUGGCCUUGGAAGGGGAGCGAUUGUGUAAAGCAGGCGAUUGUCGGGCGGGAGUCGCUUUCCUUCAGGCAGCCAUACAAGCGGGCACUGAGGAUUUGCGCACCUUAAGCGCCAUUUAUUCACAAUUAGGCAAUGCUUACUUCUAUCUGGCUGAUUAUCCGAAGGCUAUGCAAUAUCAUAAAUUGGAUUUGACUUUGGCACGUUCUAUGAACGAUAAGUUAGGCGAGGCUAAAUCUUCAGGUAAUUUAGGCAACACGUUAAAAGUAAUGGGACGUUUUGAUGAAGCUGUUAUUUGUUGUGAUCGCCACUUGACUUUGGCUCGUCAGCUGGGUGAUAAAUUAAGUGAGGGACGGGCCUUGUACAAUCUAGGCAAUGUUUAUCAUGCCAAAGGGAAGCAUAUGGGUCAAAGAAAUCCCGGCGAUUUUGGAGAUGAUGUUAAAGAAGCUUUAAGCAAAGCUGUCGAAUAUUAUAAACAAAACUUGAAGCUGAUGCGCGAAUUAGGUGAUCGCAGUGCUCAGGGCAGGGCUUGCGGUAAUCUUGGCAAUACCUAUUAUUUAUUAGGUGAUUUUCAAGCAGCUAUUGAGCACCAUCAAAAUCGUUUGCGCAUUGCCCGUGAAUAUGGCGACAAGGCAGCCGAAAGACGCGCCAAUAGUAAUUUGGGCAACUCCCAUAUAUUCCUCGGUCAGUUUGAAGACGCGGCCGAACACUAUAAACGUACGCUGGCUUUGGCUGUCGAACUUGGCGAAAGAGAAGUGGAGGCACAAGCAUGCUACAGUUUGGGGAACACUUACACAUUAUUAAGGGAAUUCGGUAUUGCUAUUGAAUAUCAUCGACGCCAUUUGGCAAUAGCAAGAGAAUUGUGUGAUCGCGUUGGUGAAGCAAGGGCUUGUUGGUCCCUCGGCAAUGCCUACUCCGCCAUAGGAAAACAUUACGAAGCUUUGCAGUAUGCGGAAUCCCAUUUAAGAUUGGCGCGAGAGCUGCAGGAUAAGGUAGGAGAAAGCACGGCUACAGUCAAUAUCUGCGAUUUGCGCAAGAUACUUGGAUUUCCAGAAUUGAAACUUCCCAUUGAAUUAGAAGAACGUUACGAAGACACAGAAUUUCUCGCAGAACUCGAUUCGAAUAUCUCACAAGGACGUAUGGUACGCGUGCGCCGUCAAUCAAUGGAACAAUUAGACUUAAUUAAGAUUACACCCGACGGUAAACAACAACAAAAGCAACAGAUUUCGAAAACAGAACCGAAAAAUAAUUCAAAAGCUCAAGAUGAUGAUUUCUUCGAAUUACUUUCGCGUUCGCAGUCGAAGCGAAUGGAUGAUCAACGUUGCUCCAUUAAAAUCGGUAAUGGGCAAAUACCAUUCUUAUCUCCGACAUACGCAACUGAAGAAACUCGUGCUCCCGAAGAGCUUCAAAAGGUGAUGGAAAUGGAUAAAGAGAGAGUUGUUGCAGCCGAAGCAGCUUCAGCUUAUCCGCCAGAUAUCAAAACUAUUGACAUAAACGCUAGUAAUAAUAGCAAUUUACAAGCCAAUGCUGGUGCUGGCGCCACUCAUGCUGUAUUGGCUAGAAGUCAUACGACAACGGAACAACCAGACGAUGCCUUUCUCGACAUGCUGAUGCGUUGCCAAAGUUCACGACUGGAGGAACAGAGGUCCGAAUUGCCGAAGCCUAAUCUCGUGUUUGAUGCGGAAACGCCUCGCCAGAUUAGCAACUUUGGCCGCGCAGCCAAUACUGUGCCAGAUGACGACUUUUUCUCCCUCAUUAUGAAAGUACAAAGUGGCCGCAUGGAAGAUCAACGAGCAGCUAUACCCAUACCACGUCGAGAUGGUAUGGGUACUAACGCUAAUAACAAUAAUAAUGUUAAGUAAUUUAAGUGUUGGUUCAUCUUUCCAAACCAAAAACAGAAUUAAGAAACAAAGUCCGUUUUCUUCAAUGCAUUUCUUUACCAUUUUUAAUAAUAUUAUACUAAUACUCAAAUUAAGCGCAAACACACAACUAUAUAUAUAACCACAUAAAAAUUGCACUAACACAUUUCAAUUGUUAAACCUGACCUUUCAUAAAUUCCAUAAAUAAGUUGAAUAAUUUAACACAAAAACAAGAAAAGGUCUAAAAGUACUACAAAUCUAACAUUAAGUUAUAGAAACCAAAAAUCUACGAGAAAAAAAAAAAAGAAUAAUGAAAUGAAAUUUUACCAAUUUUUACAGAAACAGAAUAUAGUUGAAUUUUUUUUUUCUGCCAUGGUGCAAACAUAAUCAAGAUAUGCUGUUGCUGAACAUAUAAUUGAACUACAAAAAACAAAAAUUAAAAAAAAAAAGGAAAAGAAACCUACAAAUUAUUGCAUCAUUUUUCUAAGCUCACAUUUU